GCAUGCAGCCGUGGAAUCGCUUGUCCUGUUAGCCAGUUGCUAAUCAAUCAGCACAGCUGCAACGCCAAACUUUUAUACGGCGAUUGUGAUUUAUUUAUUUGUAUUUUUUUUUAUUGUUUUUGCUGAUGGUCUCCGGCUCCUGGCGCUGGGAAAAUAAAAACAAAUUCUAUUGGAAAGCACCAGCAGAACCGGACGGCGGAGGACUAGUAUCCGGUUGUCCAGAAUUCCAGCACAGGCCGAUGCCAGUCAACUGUUUUACUGGAGCCACGCAGCCGCAACAAAGCAACUUAGAAAGAUGAACAUCGAUGACAAGUUGGAUGGGAUCCUGAUUCGAUGUGGCACUGUGAAUGUCCACCACUCGGUGCAAACCUUAGUAACCUCUGGGAUGGACAAACGAGGAGGAAGCUUGGAUAUAUCUCUUGGAGAAAAGAGCUUGGCCAAUCAACCCUUGCUUGCUGAUGAUGAUGUCGAGGAAGAUGACGAGGAAGAUCUGGCUGGUGGGACGUUGACCUCACACAACUUCAUUUCACACGACGAACUUAUUGUUCAGGAGGAGACUGUGAAGAACUAUGCAGUGGGAGAACAAAAGUUCUCUGAACGGCUUUCUCACAAGCCAGCAUACACUCUACACAUGCCUGUGAAUAUUAAACAGGAAUUGAAGCUGUCGGACCCACUAAUUCUCAAUAAAAAGGACAAGAAACAGGAGCAGGAUCUCACAGAAUGUCACAAAAAGAAGAAGAGGAAACAGCGGUCUCCUGCGAAGAUUCUUACUAUUAAUGAAGAUGGCUCACUGGGACACCAGAACCCGAAAUCUCACAUCUGUGAGCACUGCAACGCUGCUUUUCGAACAAAUUACCAUCUACAGAGACACGUCUUUAUCCAUACAGGGGAAAAACCUUUUCAGUGCAGUCAGUGCGACAUGCGUUUUAUUCAGAAGUACCUGCUGCAGAGACAUGAGAAAAUUCACACAGGAGAAAAGCCAUUCCGAUGUGAUGAGUGUGGAAUGAGAUUCAUUCAGAAAUAUCAUAUGGAGAGACACAAGAGGACACACAGUGGCGAGAAGCCCUAUCAGUGUGAUUACUGUCACCAGUACUUCUCCAGGACUGAUAGAGUCCUGAAGCAUAGACGGAUGUGCCAUGAGAACAAGGAGAGAAAGAUCCAAAAAGCAGCUGCCAAAGAUGGCCUUCUACGCAGCACAGAAGCACUUGCAUUCUCCAACCCACCCAAGGAGAGCACUCUACCUAAGAAAAAGCGGCAGAAGUCCACCGAUAAGAACAGUACCUCAGUCCGAAACACUUCUGUCACAGACAAAGUUGGGGAGGGUGAUGAGAAAAAGGAAGUGUACAGACUUGGUAAAAAUGAAUGUUUUCCCCUAUAUGAUGUUGCCACCAAGGUAAAGGAUGAGUAUAUAGUGACAGAAUAUUCUGUUGAACUCCCAGAUUCUUCUCCAGGUAGCAGGGAACUUACUGCUGGUGAGGCAUCUUCUGAUGAGAUCACACCUCCAGAGAUAGUGCUGAAGAAGAUUGCUAGCCAAAAGAAUGUUAAGCAGCAGCCUUUAGAACAUUCACAGCCUUUGUCACCACUGUCAUCAUACGAAGAGGGAAAAGUCACAAGAUAUACAUUUGAAAUUGUUGAUAACAAGGGCCUUUUGGAUGUAGAGCCAAGCCCUGACUUGGAGACUGUCGAUCCGCUUCAGGUGGGGCCCACAAAGCCAGCUGGCAGCAGCACAAACUAUGAUGACGCCAUGCAGUUUCUCAAAAAGAAGCGCUACCUCUCUGCGACCACGAUUAAUAACAGUCGGGAAUACACCCUGAAUGUGAACAGCAUCUCCACACAGCCCUCAGUUACUCAGGCAACCGUGGCCACUGUCAUAGAUGAGACUGUCCCUGCCACAAUUCUGUCCGAGACUCAGACCCUGAAUGUGGAGAUCAAGGCGAGCCACGAGAAGAAUGUGUUCCCUGAUGAGGUUCUGCAGUCGCUCCUAGAUCACUAUUCCACUAAGAUCAAUGGACAGCCUGAGAUCAACUUCAGUGUAGCAGACACAGAAGUGACUUCCAGCAUCUCUAUCAAUUCAUCUGAUGUUUCAGAGGGUAGCCCUAGUGAGGCAUUGGGCACUAGUUCCCAAGCACCCACUGCGGAGAAGGCUAGUCUUCUGCAAGAGUAUUCAAAGUUUCUCCAACAAGCGUUGGAGAGGACCAGUCAGAAUGACAGCUACCUGAACAGCCAGAGCUUAGCGUUUGUGAAUGAUGGUGCAAGUCUUGGUGGGCAGUCUUUAUUUUCUACAGACAAACAGUUUGGUUCUCCGAGUCGGUUUAGGUCGGGUAUGAAUUCUCCCCUGAGACUGGAUAAACCACACUUCGGUCUUUUAGUAGAUUCCCAACACUCAUUUUCAUUUUCGGGCGACGAAACCAACCCCUCCUCAGUGUCACCAACUGAGGACUUUCUGGAGCAGGUGUCCCCCAAAAAGACAGACGCUCAGGGCAUCAGUCAAACUUUUCAGAUUGCCACUUUUGACCAGAACUUCCGAUCCCAGUUCCAGACCUCACGAUCUGGACUGUCUUCACAAUUUAGUGUUUCCAAUGGACAGGUCAGCAUAAGAAGUCACGGAGGAGCGGACUUUCCAGAAUUCUCUCUUGUGAACGUUACUGAAGCCAGAACUCAAAUGAGCUCCUCUCCAGAUGCUACAAGCAGCCACACGUUUGGCUAAAUAAAAAAAAACAAAAAAACAAAAAACGCAGAUAUUUAAUAUUUUAGUUAUUUAAAAGCACUUUAUACUCAUGCUCUGCAAAUGCAAGCAGCACCGUGUUGGAUGUUCAUCUCAUGGCAAGCAUACUCCAGAUGUUCGUUUUGUUUGGUGGUUGUUUCAAUCAUGCAAGGAUGAGAAUCAUUGUAGGAAAAAGUUUUAGUUUUACAGCACACACAUUUAAUGUCUGUGUAGAUGUAAAAGGCACUUUUUUUUUUUUUCUUUUUUUUUUUUUUUGUGUGUUGAUUUAAUCAGUUCAUCUGCACAUCAUACUGCACAACCAGUAAAGGUAAAAGAGAAUUUACUUUCUUACAGGUACAUACAGAUAAGCUCUUAAAAGUCCAAUUAAAAGUAAAGAAUUCAUAAUUUUAUAUAAUGAAAUUAUAUAAUUCUCUUAUAUUUUUGCACAACACUAUGAAGGUUCUAUUCAUUUUAAAGACAAGCUCUUGCAUUAUAUUGGAACUAGGUACAUCUUAAAGGCAUCCAUUCAUGAAACUGGCACUAAUAUAACAUACCUGUAUGAGAUACAGUUAAUUUAAAUGAUUUUGGGAGAGUGACCUCAGACACAGCCUGGGGUCAUUAAAUACAAUAUCAAAAUGUUAGUGCAAAUUCUCUUCAGCAAUUAAACUGAUGAAGUAGGUUACCUAUAAAGUUUUGCUUUUCUUGCAUGUAGUGCCUUUGUAUGUCUGUGAAAUGUUUAAAACGUCCCAUUUGUAUAUCAAUAUAUAUUUUUUUGUGGUGACAAAGACCCUCAAGAAAUCAAAGGUUUUUAAUUGACCAAACCUGUAAAAUUUGCACUUAGGCCUUGUGGGCAAAUUCAGUGCUCUUUCAGUGGAGUUUCAAUCCAAUGGGUUUUUGGAAUUUAUUAUUAUUAUUAUUAUUAUUAUUAUUAUUAUUUUCCAAUCAACUUUUAAGGUUUCCUCAUUACAACUAUGGAAAUAUUUUAUAAAGUCUGAAAUUGGCGAUGUCUUUUUUGCUAUUUCAUUCUGUUUUGUGUUUGUUAGUUAGGAAGCAAAUGUAUGAAAUUGGGAAAUUCAAGUUACAUGACUCGACAUGCCAAACUACAUGUAAUUACUGUACUUGAAAUAUGAACAUAAAAUGGCCUUGUCUAUCUCUAAACUGACAUUCAUGUAUUCACUGCGUUGUUUGAUUAAACAAAUGGUGCAUGACUUUGAUCUUUGGUACAUUUAUUUAGUAUUUAUAACCAUAGUUAUCUUUAUUGUACACCUUGCAUCUAACAAUGAAUCAUGUCAGAAUACUGUCUGUUUUUUUCAUUUCUGUAUGUUUUAAUUUAGCUUUUUUUUUUUUUCUUCGUCUUAAUGAAGCGCAUAAGCUGUCUAAAAUGUGCCAUGCUCAAAACUACAGACCAAAUUGAAACUACAAUGUAAAGCGAAUUUUAUUAUAAAUCACUGUUACUCCUCAUACUUCAUUUAGAAACAUUCCCUUGUUUGACUGUGUCUUGAUUGUGUAUGUAUGUACAUAUGUAUGUUGUACAUUUAGAACUGCACAUUUUGUUUUUGCGUACGUCGGGUGAGGUGGUGAAGGAAGGUUAUGUGGAGAAGGAAGGUUAUGUGGGAAAAGAGGGAUAUGGGAUGUUUGGAUGUUAAAUGAAUGUGCAGACCAAAUUAACAGAAUACAAUCUUGUUGGUUUUGGCCUCAAUGAACACUGAUUGUUACUGUUGAUUUCAUUUCACUCUUUCUUUUUAAUAUUAGAAUUGUUUCACUUUUAGACUACAUGCAUUUUUUUAGAUACACAGAUAUAUAUAUAUCUAUAUAAUAAGCACCUCUUUAGCACAAAAGAGUGUUGUUUUUUUUUUUUUUUUGUUUGUUUUUUUUAAAUUGAUAGUUGGUCCAGAAUUAAAAUCUUAUCAGGAUGUCCCUCAAGUUAAAAUUAAAUUAGAACUUUAUUUACCUUCAUAUAAUUUGUUUUAUGUUAAUGCUACAGGCAGUCACAUCAGUGUAUAAGGGUGUGUAUAUAUAAAAAUUAUUUCCCCCUUUUGUUUUUUUUUUACAUUGGAAUUAUAGGAGCAUCAAUAUUGAUACAGUUUUUCUUUAAAUAGAUUGUCACAAUUAACUGUUUUUCAGCAGUGAUGGCGUUUGAAUCGCUUCGUGAUAUCAAGUUGAUGCAGGAUGCGUGUUCAUUAUUAUUAUUUUUUUAAAUACACUGGUUUUUUUUUCUUUUAUAUGUAUGCAUUUUAUUUUAGGCAAUUUAUUUCCAUAAUACCCAUUUAUUUUAUGCAAUAUGAUAUAUAGAACCUGGAGGGAACCUUUUUUUUUCCCCCCUUGAUUGCAUCGUUUGUGUAUGUCGUUUAAAAUACAACUGAAGAAUUCA